AUGGAGGAUUUUAAAUGGCAGGAAGGAACUGAAGAGAUUGAAAUUUUAAGGUGGGAUUAUAGGUUUUAGAACCCAAUUUCGCAUUAAACAAAUCUAUAUAUAAUAUAUAUUGAUAAUAAAGAAAUUAAGUACAUCUCAUAAGAAGGAUAAACUUUAAGAAUGUAUAUAGUAUUAGAAUAUUAAUAAGUGAUAAAAUUAAAGAUGGGAAAAAGAAACCAGAAAUAAUGAUAAAUUUAGAACAAAUAGAAAAUCUUUAUUGGAUAGGAAAUUAUAGAAAUAAUCAAACAAAAGUUGGUAAAUGGAUAGCAACUUGGAAAGGAAAACUUUUAAAUUCUGUUGGUGGGUAUUACUCUCAAGAUGGUUUAAAAGAAGGUUAGUGGCAAGAAUUAUUCAAUAAUUACUUUUAGUAAACUUUAAAAAUUAAUUAAUGUAGAUCAGCUUAAGUUUAUGAAUAAGGAGAAUAUCUCAAUGAUCUUAGAAGAGGAUUUUGGUAAUAUAAAUAUUAAGAUAAACUGAUGUAUUAAUGAUUUAUUAAAAAUUAUUUAGUGGGGGAGGAUUUUUUACAGAGUAAGGUGAAAAAAACAGAAAAUGGAUAUAAUUAAGCUAAAAAUUUUAUAAGUAAAUAAACUUAUUAUUAUAAUCAUUUAGUUAAAGUUAGGUGAUCUAUAUAGGUGAAUAUAAGAAUGAGAAAAAAGUUGGUAUUUGGGAUAUAUUUUUUGAUAUUGAAGGAAUAAAAAAAUAUGAAUUGGUGUAAUAAAUAUUUAGUAAAAUUUAAUUAGUGGAGGUGGAGUAUAUGAUGUUUAAGGUUUAAAGGGCGGUAGAUGGAUAGAUUUAUGUGAUCAUUUUUCGAAGUAUUGAUUUAUUAGAAUGAUUAAACUCUAUAAUUAGAAAUUGUUAAGUUAUUUAUAGAGGUGAAUAUAAAAAUGGUAAUAAAUUUGGAUAGUGGGAUACCUAUUGUAGAUUUAGUUGGAAUCAGCCGUUUGAAAAGAUGUAAAAUAAUUAAUUUCAUAAACUUUAGUGGAGGUGGAUAAUAUGAUUAAUCUUAGCAGAGAGAAUAAAAAAAUGGAUAAUGGAUAGAUUAUAAUUGGGAGUAAUUAAAUUUUAAAUUUUUAGAAAUUGCUUAAUCACCUAUCAUGGUGAAUAUAACUUUGGCCAAAAAGUUGGUAAAUGGGAUACUUAUUAUAUAGAAAAUCUAAUGUAAGAACUGUAUUUUAAUUAAAUUUAGAGGUGGUGGAUCAUAUCAAAAAGAAAAAUAAUUAAAAUAUGGGAAAUGGAUAGAGUUGUGUGAAAAAUUUUAUUAGUAUUUAAAUUAGAUAUACCAUAAAUUAGUAAUAGUUAAAUUCUAUAUACUGGUGAGUAUUUAAAUAAUAAAAAAAUUGGUAAAUGGUGUUCUUUGUUUUGUAGAGAAUUGAUGUAUUAAAAUAUCUGAAAUAUUUAGAGGAGGUGGAAAUUAUGAUGAAAAUAAAGGAGAUAUUAAAAUAGGAGAGUGGACAGAUUUAAGUGAGGAUUUUGGAGAGUAAAUUUAAUUAAAAUUAAAUUAGAUUUAAUUAAGUUAUAUUUUAUGGUCAUUAUAAAAAUGGAAAGAAAAUUGGAAAAUGGUUGGAGAUGUUUAGAGAGUCAGGGGAGUUGAAUGCAGGAUUCAUUUAAACGUAUUACUCAUAUAUUAAAUUAUUAAAUUAGUGGUGAGUAAUAUUAUGGCGAUUGA